AUGACCGAAGAGAAUUAUCGUCCACGCUCCCCCGAUUUCUCUUCUCCCACCCAUCCCGACUACCGUUCAUCCACCGCCAUCUCCAACUCUUAUUUACCCUGCAACCCCACUUCCUACGCGCCGCAGAGUCCCAUCAACACUUCUCAGCGCUCCUCCUACGAUUAUCCAACCUUCUUCCCUUCUUCUUCUUCACCCACUUCUUUCUCCCGCCCCACCUCCAGUCGGGUGUGUCAACAAUACAUACCUCCCGCCUCCAACAUUGAAGAGAUGGCCCGUCGUUCGUCCCGUCUGCAGGCCGCGGACGCGUCUUUCGCCGCGGUGCCGCAGCCGCAGCCCGUGCAAUCGAUGCCUCCCAUGCCGCCAAUGGAGCCCAUUCAACCCAUCCAGCCAAUGCAACAAAUGAUGCCAGUAACCGAACCAUCUCCUCCUCCUCCUCCUGAGGAACACACCUUUGACGCGCGACCCGGAGCCGGCAUUGAGGUGAAGACAAAGUUCCCCGUGGCGCGCAUCAAGCGCAUCAUGCAAGCCGAUGAGGAUGUCGGUAAGGUGGCGCAGGUCACACCAAUCGCUGUCUUUCAAUUACACACCCAGCGCAUCAUCCGGUGCGAGUCUGAAGAAAAUCCCAUUGCAGGAUCCCUGUUUCUAACCUCGAAUUCUCUUACAGCCAAAGCUCUCGAGCUCUUCAUGAUCUCCCUCGUCACCAAAGCCGCUCAAGAAGCCAAAGAGCGUAAUUCCAAGCGCGUGACCGCCACCCACUUGAAGCACGCAGUUGCCAAAGACGACGUCCUCGACUUUUUGGCAGACAUCAUCGCCAAAGUGCCCGAUGCCCCAGCCAGCCGGAAACACGAGGACGACGGCAGUGAUCAAAAUGAGGGACGUCGGAAACGUGGCGGGCGACGGCCCAAGGAGGAGAGUGAUUGA